AUGGAUUCUCAGACCAACACCGAGGACUGCCUCGCAUGGGCCGCCACAGAUCCAUCUGGAGUUUUAUCACCAUACAAAUUCAGUCGCAGGCCUCUCGGAAGUGACGAUGUCUCCAUUAAAAUUACUCACUGUGUAAUCUGCUACGCUGAUGUUAUUUGGUCGAGGAAUAUGCUUGGAGAUUCAAAGUAUCCUGUGGUGCCAGGGCAUGAGAUUGCUGGUAUUGUGAAGGAGAUCGAUUCCAAUGUUCAAUGCUUCAAGGUCAGUGAUCACGUUGGAGUGGGAACUUAUGUCAACUCAUGUAGAGAUUGUGAGUAUUGUAAUGUUGGCUUCGAAGUUCAGUGUGAAAAACUGAAGGUUCCCACGUUUAAUGGUAUUGAUGUGGAUGGAACGGUCACAAAAGGUGGAUAUUCUAGCUUUAUUGUUGUCCAUGAAAGGCACUGCUUCAAAAUACCAAACAACUAUCCUUUGGCUUCAGCAGCACCUCUGCUUCAAUUUGCCACGGCACAACUACCUCUUCUUGAACUUAUGGAUUGUGGGAUGACAAUAUGUGAUUCUGAUUAUUAG